AUGAACCAAACACCUUAUUUUAAAUUUGCAGAAGGAGCGAGUACAUGUGGAAGCUGCAUCGCUUGUAUGACAGAUUCAAAUAUUUUGAAGCGUGUUUGGGAGGGUAAGGUUCCAGCUUGCUUUACGUUGGCACAAGAGGAUUUGGCGCAUGAAGAUCAUGCUCCUCCGCCUAUAUAUAUGUUCCUUCCUCGUGUUUCUUAUUUUCCAUUGGUUACUGAAAAAGUUAUAAGACAAUUCAGUCAGUUUUCUGAAUGUGCACUCAAGACUGCAUCCAAAGAUAUGACCUCUGAGACACGGGGCAAAUUAGAACAUGAAAUGCAAUAUACUCAAUCCGAUCAGAUUGAUACUUUCAAACAGCAUCCUUUAAUACACGAAUUUUGGCUUGAAUAUGCUCAUCAACCCUUGAAAUGGCACUAUCCGAUCGGACUUGUAUUUGAUAUGUGUGCAGAUACAGUGGACAUUCCAUGGAAGAUAACAGUUCAUUUUAGUAAUUAUCCAACUGACUUGCUUUUAUCCCCACCGGUAAGUCGACUAGCUGUUGAAACACAUUUCCUGUCGAUGAUUAAAGAAGCCGAUGCUUUAAAGCAUCGUAGCUACGUUAUCAAUCAAAUGCAAGCUAGAGAUCAUCGGCAAUUAUGGAAUGGCUUACUACACUUUCGAUAUGACCAAUUUUGGUCGAUCAAUAGCAAAUUAAUGGAGCCUCUUCCACAAAAUACCAAGGAUCUUCCUUUAGAGGAAAUGUCUGCCCCUGGAAUUCCAGAAAAUAAACCAUUGUCUUCAAGUCUCAAUAACAUGUCAUCUUCAAAGUGUAGAACUUUUCGUUACAUUCCAUGUCGUCUUUAUUGUGUUUCUGAGAAUUCAAGUUCCACACCAUCUGGUUUCAUUCAAAAACUUAUUCGUCCUUUAAAUGAUGACGGUUCGCUUACUUCACUUCAAGAUGCUAUCGAAAUUCUUUUGCAUACAAAUAAAAAUCCACUUGUACAAAAUACCAAACCAAAAGGGUAUCUGUUUUUCAUCCAUGGUAUCACAUUACCCCACGAAACACCGAUGCAAUGGAUCAGCGAACACUUAUCCUAUCCUGACAAUUUUGUGCAUGUUGUUGCACGUCCUCAAAGCCAUUCUCAUCGAAUUAAAAUUCAUAAUCCUCCAUACAUGUAA